AUGAAGGAAACCAACAUAAUUGAGUCAUGCAGGUUUUUCAUUAGCUUUGUACCACACAUCUUCUUGUUCUUGUUCUUCUUCAAUUUAACCACUUGUGAUUCAAUUAAUGUCCCUUCAGAUAAAAUCCUCCUCAAUUGUGGUUCUUCAGGAGCAUCACAAUUCAAUGGUGUUAAUUGGAUAGGAGAUAUUGGAUCUAGUUUCUUGCCUCCAGCAUAUGACAAGAGUUCAACUUCAUUCUUGGUCUCAAACACACACCCUCUAGCACCAAAAGUCCCUUACUCAACAGCAAGAACAAUUCAUUCUCCAUUGACCUACUCAUUCCCAUUUUCCCCUGGCCUUAAAUUCAUUCGCUUUUACUUUCUCUCAACUUCAUAUUUGAUGAUGAACCCCUCCAAUGCUUAUUUUUCUGUCAAAGCUGGUCCUUACACUCUAGUUAGUAAUUUUAGUCCAUCUGUUGCUGCUGAAGAGCUCAACUUAGUGUAUAUCACUAAGCAUUUCUUAGUUAAUGUCAAUGAAAAGAAACUAAACAUUACUUUCAGUCCAUCACCUCUAAUUUCCAAUGCAUUUGCCUUUGUAAAUGGCAUUGAGAUCUUCUCAGUUCCCCCCAGUACAUACUUCCAAGGUUCCAAGGUUCGUGUUCCUUACCUCGGGCAUCAAGAAACGUUAUUUAUUAAUGAUGAAUAUGCUCUUGAGAUGCUUUACCUUGUUCAAGUUGGUGGUGAUGAUCACACUGUUGAUGUUGGAAAUUCAUUUGGGACAUGGUCGGAAGAUAAGAGCUCCAUAUUUGGUUUACAAUAUGGAAGUGUUCUUAAUAUAAAGAGCCGUCCCGUUAACUUGAAUUACACCACUAUGAGUUCAAAUGAUUAUAAUUUUUCAGCUCCAGAAGAACUAUAUUGGACUGCCAGGACUAUGGGUAGCAAUGGAGACAACAACAUGAGAUACAAUUUAACAUGGUCAUUCCCUGUUGAUUCUGGAUUCAAUUACCUUGUUAGGCUUCAUUUUUGUGAGAUCUCCUUAGAGGUAACGCGGUUCAACCAAAGGGUGUUCAAGGUGUUCAUAAACAACCAAACAGCAGAGGAGAGGAUGGACUUGGUUGCUUUGGCUGGUGCACCGUUUACUCCUUUAUACAGAGACUAUGUUGUUAUGGUUCCUAUGAAAAGUGAGACAAGGCAAGAUAUGUGGAUCGCACUUCACCCCAACUUGGAAUCAAAUCCUAAAUAUGCUGAUGCCAUAUUGAAUGGCAUUGAGAUCAUCAAGUUAAGUGAUAGCAAUUAUAAUCUUGCAUCAAGUUUCCAGCUGAAAAAGGAACAAAAGGAGAAGAAGAAGAAGAAACUUCCACACGUCAUUGUUGUUGCUGCUAUUUCAGGUAUCAUUUUGGUACUUUUCAUUACAUGUUUAAUUCUUAUACGAAGAGCAUGGAAAAAACUGAAGAGGGGAAAUUUUUGGGUACUCCCAUUAAAUCAUACUGGAAGAAGUCAGGAAAAUAUUCAAGUAACAGUGACCUCAGGUCAUGGCUAUCAUCAAUUCACAUUAGCAGAGAUCAGCAUAGCCACCAACAAAUUCAGUGAAGCUCUUGUCAUUGGGGAGGGAGGCUUUGGAAAAGUGUACAAAGGCAUCAUGCAUGGUGGAGUUACUCCUGUGGCAAUAAAGCGCUCUAAACCGAGUUCUGGUCAAGGAUUUAAGGAGUUUCAAAAUGAGAUCAAUUUUUUCUCCUUUUGCCACAUGAAUCUAGUGUCACUGCUUGGUUACUGCCAAGAGGGAAAUGAACUUAUACUUGUCUAUGAAUACAUGGCUCAGGGCUCUCUUUGUGAUCAUUUAUACAAGAAACAAAAACAGCCACUGCCUUGGAAUCAAAGACUAAAGAUCUGUGUUGGUGCAGCUAGAGGACUACAUUACCUCCACACGGGCACAAGGCACCCAGUUAUUCACCGUGAUAUCAAAUCAUCCAACAUAUUAUUGGAUCAUAAUUUUGUACCCAAGAUUGCAGAUUUUGGGUUAUCUAGAAUAGUUCCUUCAAUUUACCACAGCCAUGUUAGCACUGAGGUUAAAGGUACUUUUGGAUAUUUAGAUCCUGAGUACUAUAAGCGAAGAAAACUGACCGAAAAAUCUGAUGUCUUUUCAUUUGGGGUGGUUUUGUUUGAAGUGUUGUGUGGAAGACCAGCUGUGAAUCCUAUUGCAGUGGAAGAGGAAAGUGAGAAAGUUGGAUUGGCCCAGUGGGCCUUGCAUUGUUACCAAUCUGGAACCAUUGAUCAAUUAGUUGAUCAACAUCUAGAUGGAAAGAUUAAGCCAGAAUAUCUAAUGGCUUUUGUGGACAUUGGCAUACAGUGCUUGGCUAACAAGAGUGCAGAAAGGCCAACUAUGGGGGAGGUGCUUAGUAAUUUGGAGAAGAUCUUUUCCUUGCAUGAGAGUUUAGAAGAACGAGAAAUUACCACAGGUCAAUUUAUACAUGAGACUGGACUGGAGUAUAUGACAUGA